GGACUAGUUAGUGGGGUCGAAGUGUCCGUCAUGCCUAAGAUAGCCGCUAGGUUCAGCGCAUAUUCAGCCUCAACCCACCUGUAGCCCCGCCACCGUCGGCCUUGAACAACCCCUAAGCUCCGCCAGCUCCUUCCAGACUAUUCUGUAUUCCGCCCUCACUUAAUCAUCAGCGUCGCCAUCCGCCAGGCUUACGAGUCCACCUCUGCCUGCCGUCGUUGUUUCUAUUUCCAAUCUCGCUCCCUCAAUCGCUCGCUCACAUAAGUAUAGUCGUCAUCCAUACAUACGUACCUCACAUAUAUAAAUAAACCAAUCCCAACCCCACGAAACAAGCACAGCAACCAUGGCGUCCUCAUCAACACCCGACACCCACGACGACACGAGCUACGUCAAGAUGGACAAAGACAGCGGCACCGCCGACGCGACCCUCAUCGGCAAGCACUGCCAGCUCGAGUACUGCAACCAGCUCGACUUCCUGCCCUUCUUCUGCCAGUCCUGCAAGAAGACCUUCUGCCUCGACCACCGCACCGAGACCGCGCACCGGUGCGCCCACGCCGGCGCCUGGGCCGAGCGCCGGCGCCAAGCCCAGCUCGCGCGCCCGUCCGCCGGCGAAGGGAAACGCAUGCGCGACCUCGUCACCCAGAAACCGUGCGCGGCGCCCGACUGCCGGACCACCGUCGGCACGUCGCUGGUCCCCGGCGUGCACUGCGCGGGCUGCAACCGCGACUACUGCCUGAAGCACCGGCUGCGCGAAGAACACGACUGCGCGAACCUGAUCCCGAUCGGCGCGCGGCCCGGCGGCGGCGGCGGACAGUUCGACGUGGUGGCGGAGCAGACGCGGUCCGCGUUCGCGAAGCUGAAGGCGUGGGGCGCGGCGAAGCGGGAGACGGCGAGCCGCGCGUUGCCGAAACCGAAGCCGACGACGGCGUCGGCGCGCCUGGUCGCCGUGAACAAGCUGAAGAAGACGGCGAAGGGGGACGCGAAGCUGGCGCCCGAGAAGCGGGUGUACGUGUACGUGGAGGCGGAGGCGGAGACGACGACGGCGCGGAACUACAAGGGCGAGUUCUACUACUCCAAGGACUGGGUUAUCGGCAGGGUGCUCGACGCGGCGGCUAAGAGCUUGCAGAUCGAGAACGUAAAUAACCAGUCUUCCGACGAGAGGGAUAAGCUGAGGGUGUUCCACGUCGAGGGCGGACGGGUGCUGGAGUUCAAUGAGAAGGUCGGCUCGGCGCUGGUUAGCGGUAAUACGAUAGUGUUGCUGCGAGGUAUAGGGCCGCCGCCUGAUCUGAUCGAGAUGUGAAGAGUGCUUUUUACGAGAUAUGACGGACUUCAUCAUGGACGGCAUGGACGGCGUUUUAAUGAGCAUUGCAUUUAUGAGGCGAUAUACCUUGGCGAUGAAUGGAGACAGUGGUGUUUUAUUUACAUUUGAGGAGUUGAUAUAGAUGGAGCCUUGCUGCUCAACACACAAAUUUCGCGAUGCUGCAUAUUUCUCUUCCACCCUUAAUCCAGGUUUCAGUGAAAUAGAAUAAGCACAGCCGAAAAGUAGAGAUAAUCCAUGUCCAUACGCCGGAACGAUGAGAGUCCUACCCUUUAUCCUAACGUCUAUGACCUUAUAGUUCCUUUUCCUUAGUGCUCACCUUUGGCCUGUGUGUCAGAGCCGCUUCUCGUCCUGUUGCCGGGGAAUCGCCAAUAUACUCCUUUCCGCCAUAUGCGGCGAAACCUUUA